AUGGUUCACCCCAAAGCUGAAAAGGCACUGCAGGAGGCCAAAAGGCUCGUAGCUCAACUAGAAUCGUACGACGACGACCCCAUAACUCACCAAAAUGUCCUCAAGCAGACAGAGGCCGUUCGCUUAGCGAUUCAGUCUCCCAUGGACCGCAUGACACAUCUAAUGGAGCAAGUCAGUUUUUGUGGUGCCUUCCAUACGAUAAUUGGGGUUCGAGCCUACCAUGCCACGCCGGCAGAUGGCAGCUCAAUUACCGCAGAAGAACUGGGACGGAUUACCAAUGUGGCUACGACGGUGAUCGAACGAGUGUAUCGGGUCGCCAUCAGCCAUGGUGUUUUCAUUGAGACAGCACCCGACACUUACGCUCACAACGACUUGUCACGAAUUCUGAACCCGAGGGGUCUGGGGUCGUUCUUCCUCAUUGUUGUCGAGUUUGGUCGUGGGUUCAUCCAUCUAGCCGACUACUGCAAAUCGCACCAGCCAGAAGAUAUCUUUGAUUUGACCAAGUCACCUGCUGUGUACUCAGUCGGAAAAGAACAUCUCGGGAAAUCUUACUAUGAGCUUCUGGAUAUAGACCCUGACCCUGAGCGUCGCGAGCUUUGGAAUGCCAACAUGGUCGCUGUUGACGAGUUGAUGCCAGUUGUUGGCAUGUUCCCAUUCGCCUCUCUAAAAGAGGAGGUUGAGCAGGAUCCAGGUCGACCAUUCUUGGUUGAUAUCGGUGCUGGUCGUGGACAAUCAUGCAUUGCUAUUCGCAAGGACAUUGGCGAUGCCUUUGAUGCCAAGUAUAUCCUACAAGACCUCCCAGGCGUUAUCAAUACCAUGGACCCAAAUGACUACCCAGACUUCGAGUUGAUGACUUAUGAUGCCUUUACACCCCAGCCUGUUAAAAAUGCCCGUAUUUACUUCAUGCGCCGUUUCCUACAUGAUUUCUAUACCCCUGUUUGCAUCGAGUUCGUCAAAAAUACUGCGUCAGCCAUGGGCCCUGAUUCUCGUCUCAUCAUAUGCGAUCAGUUGAUCCCCGAUACCGUGGAGCAACAGGAGCAUGUCGAUCUUUAUUGGCUUGACUUGUCUCUUCUUUGCAUGUCGGGCCAGGAGAAGAAGAAAUCCGAAUUUGAGGAUAUUUUGGAGGCGGCAGGUCUAGAACUUGUCAAAAUUUAUCCUUCUACUUAUGGGUGUACUGUUAUGUUAGAGGCACGACUUAAGAGAUCUUGUUAG